ACAGAGAUGUGGUGGUGGUGGGUGAUCUCUGUAUCUGUGUGUGAGAGAGAGAGAGAGAGAGUGAUAGGUCUUUAUUCAAACCAAGCUCUCCAUGCUAGCGGCAACACCAGCAGCAGCAGAGGUUUAUUUUUCAUUCAGAGAGUUAGUGUUCCUGUCUGAUGCACCUUCCUCCACUUCUACUGUGACUGACGAGUUCCUGCACACUACUGCUCCCUUUGUGGAUAGAGUAACUCUCUUUGGUUCAUGUUCACCCUGGAGGCUAUCUGACUGGAGUUAAACAACGAUACAACACACUAAGUGAUUGCUGAGACCCACUAGUCUUCCCCAUGAGAGGCUUCCUGCUGCUGUGUCUGCUGGCACUGGGCCAUGCCAAGCCCUACCAGCCAAUUAACGUCUUGGACUUCAUGAGGGACCAUGAAAUCAUGAUGCAAGACGCCGAUGAUGACGCCGAUGACGAUGACGACAACUCCCUUACGGACUGCCCCUUCGGCUGCCAGUGCUCCCUACGGGUGGUACAGUGCUCUGAUCUAGGGUUGCUCUCUGUGCCCGAGAACAUUCCCGCCGACACGCUAAUGAUCGACCUCCAGAACAACGACAUCACCGAGGUCAAGGAGGACGACUUCAAAGGCAUUAACAAGAUCUACGCCCUGUUCCUGGUUAACAACAAGAUCUCUAAGAUCCAUCCCAAAGCUUUCCGUAACAUGGAUCGGCUACAGCUGUUGUACCUGUCCUACAACCAGUUGACGCAGAUACCUGCCAACCUGCCCCGGAACAUCCUGGAGCUGCGUAUCCACGACAACAAGAUCAGCAACAUCCAGAAGGAGGCCUUCAAAGGACUCAAGUCUGUGCAUGUUCUGGAGAUGAGUGCUAACCCGUUAGCUAACAACGGGAUAGCACUGGGAGCAUUCGACGGCAUGGAGACCCUGUACAUCAGGAUCGCAGAGGCCAAGCUCACAGCUGUACCUAAAGACCUCCCAUCUUCACUCACAGAGCUUCACUUGGAUUAUAACAAGAUCACCAAAGUAGAAAUUGAGGACUUUUUCAGAUAUAAAAAAAUACAAAGAUUAGGACUGAGCUUCAACCAAAUCAAGUUUGUUGAGAACGGAAGCUUGGCCAGCAUACCUAACGUCCGUGAAAUCCACCUCGAUAACAACAAACUAAAGAAGGUUCCGCCUGGUCUAAACUCACUGCGGUAUCUACAGGUGGUGUACCUCCAUGCUAACAGCAUCAGCAGUGUGGGGGUGAAUGAGUUCUGCCCUGUACGCUCCAGUGUUAAGAAGACCUUGUAUACGGGCAUCAGUCUGUUCUCUAACCCUGUUAAGUACUGGGACGUCCAGCCUGCCACUUUCCGCUGUGUGUCUGGACACAGAGGGGUUCAUCUGGGCAACAACCGGAGGAAGUAACACACACACACAUGGGGAUUCAGCUGGGCAACAACCGGAGGAAGUAACAUACACACACACACACACACACAGGGGGGUUCAUCUGGGCAACAACCGGAGGAAGUAACAUAUAAACACACACACACAUACACACAUACACACACACACGAGGAUUCAUCUGGGCAACAACCGGAGGAAGUGACACACACAAUAGCAAGGUGAAGUUGUAACCAUGUGGUCAUAUCUAUCCUAUGUAGUUACAGAUCUCCAAGUGCCUACCUAUCUAGGGAAAUUGGGUGUCUGUCACGAUCACAAGCCAUCCUAUAGCGCCUCCUUCUGGUAGACUUCAGUAAUACCCACCUCUUCAACACACGGGAUUUUUUUUUUUGUAAAGACCAACUCUUCGAUCCUCCUCAACGAGUCAACAAACGCUUCCACCCCCUGUUUGUACUUCAGUGUUUUAGUCGAUAUCUUUGUUUCUUCUCUGUUUAUGAAUUUGUAUCAACUGUUGGAUAUGUUCUCUUUGUAUUCCUUAGUUACACUGCAUGCCUUACUUUUAUAAUCUGCUAGAUGUAGCCUAAAUAAGACUGAUUUUCAUGGUGCUAAACUUAUAUAAUUACGGACUCUAGUCAACGUUAUAUGUCUAGAUGGUGAUAAACAUAAAUUGACAGAAAAUACUAGUCAACGUUACAUUACAUGUCUACAUGGUGCUAAACAUAAUUAAAGAAACUUGUCAACAUUUUACAUGCCUUCAUUUGAACAUGAUUAUCUAUUGUAGCAUACAUGUAUGUAACUGUUCUAAUUAAAUAAACUUGACAUAUAAAUUAC